CUUCACUUUAUUAUGUUUGUGGUGCAUUGUUUUUUAUUGAAUAUUCGUGAAGAACGUUUCCGCGCAAAAAAAAAAAAAUUGGUCUUUUGAGCAACACCUUUAUUCACCCCCCCUCAAGAGGUGUGCGAGGCGUCUAACAAGUGGUAUCAGAGCGAGGGAAUUUCAAAGCUUUACUGCUGAAAAUUUAAAAAGAUCAUGGCCGGAAGAACAUUUCAACCCGGAGUUGCCGAAGGACAAUCCACGACAAGGCCACCACUCUUCGACGGCACAAAUUAUGCUUAUUGGAAAGAGAGGAUGAGAAUAUUCAUCCUAUCAAAUGAUUAUGAUUCUUGGCUAGUGAUCAAGAAUGGAGAGACGGUUCCCAUGAAGAUUGUUAACGGGGUUCUUGUUCCAAAGUUAGAGACUGAAUAUACCUCAAAUGACAAGAAGAAGAUGCAACUAAAUGCAAGGGCCAUCAACUUUCUUUAUUGUACCGUGAACCUGGAUGACUAUCGGAAAAUCUCAAGGUGCAAGACGGCAAAUGAGAUGUGGAACAAGUUAGAGGUCACAUAUGAAGGAACAAGUCAAGUGAAGGACUCAAAGAUCGACUUACUCACCAUCGGUACCCAUGAGUACGAGCUUUUCAUGAUUAUGGAAAAUGAAACAAUAGAUGGCAUGUUCGAGAGAUUCUCAACUGUCGUCUCAAAUUUGGAUACACUUGGGAAGCAUUAUGAGGAUCAUGUUCUCGUUCGAAAAAUCCUUCGAAGUCUCACACCGGAAUGGAAGUCUAUAGUCAACCCUACCAAAGAAGGCCGAGAUUACAAUACAUUGACAUAUGACGCACUUCGAGGUAAACUACUCACUUAUGAAAUGUCUAACUUUUCUAGUACAGCGGAGAUCAAAAGGGAUCAAAAUCUAUCAUUCAAAGGAGUUGCACUCAAAGCUUCAUCGUCAAAAUAUGUCGAGACAAGUGGCUCUGGAGAAAGUGACAUUCUCGAUUUAUUUAAUGACUUCUUGCAAAAUGAGCUUGAGCAAUUGAACGAGAGUACAAAGCCUACUUGCUAUGGAUGUGGAGAGCGUGGAAAUAUCAAGGGUCAUUGCCCUAAUCGAAAAUUAAAGAAGUCCAAACGCCGAAAGCAAUCCAACUCUAGCUCCACUUCCUCAUCCGAUGAUGAAGUAGCCAUUUGUCUUAUGGCUCAAAGUGAAUCCAAAUUAGUUUUGAAGAACUACAAGAAGCAUUUGGUGAUUUAUUUACAGAAUUUAAGAAAGUCUCAUCUAUUGCCAAAGAUUUCGAAUAUAAAAUCACCCUUUUGCAAAAGAAAAAUAAUAUUUUGCAAAAAGAAAUUGAUUCCCUCAAAAUUGAAAAUAAGACUUUUGAGGAGACUAAUUUGAAAUUAAAUGAUUCACCUUGUUCUUCAUGUAAGUCUUCUAGUCUUGAGAUAGAAGCGCUUAAGAAAGAGGUAGACGAUUUGAAAUUAGCUAUGAAGAAAGUUGAAAAUAAAUUUAAACUAAAAUCUACCUGUAGGAUUAAAUACUAUAGAUAACC